AUGAGGACUCAUCUGCUUUGGUUGUUGCCCCUGAUUCUGCUGGGCUCAGCUCAGGCGCUGAAAUGUCACGAGUGUAGUACCACCACAGGAAACUGCUACAACCCUAGAUCUUGCAGCGAUAAGAGUCGCUACUGCUUGACCAGCUGGUAUGCACCCCCAGGCCAGCAAACGCUCAUCACAAGAACAUGUGGAUUUACCUGUCCUGAUGUCCUUCAGAACCAGAAUAACUCCAAGGCCUCCUGCUGCAACACAGACCUCUGCAACAGUACCGUGAGCCUUCACGCCAGCUGGGUGCUGCUGAUUCUCAGUGUCUGCUUUAUCUAUCUCAGCCGAUAG